AUAGAAGGCCUGGUGAUUUUAGGAAUUUUAGAGGAAGUAGAAAUAAUCAAACCAUUCCUGCAUGGCGUACGCCAAAUAAUUAUGGGAAUCCUCGUAAACCACAUCUAAGUACUGAAGAAAUUAUAAAAAUUGAAAAUGAUCAACGUCAGAGAAUAUCCGAAAAUUUUUCUUCGUCAGAAUUAACUUAUGGAGGUAGCGAUAAAAUAAUUCAAGUUCCUCUCGGAAGGGAAUUUAAUAAAAAAAAAAGAGAUAAAGUCGAAGGUUUAGUUUAUCAUUUGGGAUCUCCAAAUGGAAUGUCCCGAAUUAGAGAAAUUUUGAUGUUUGAAAUGUCUGUUGACGCAGGCUUAAAGCCCAACGUCGCGUCAUUUCAACGCGUUAUUUUGCCAUUCUUGGCUCUUUUAACACGUAAGGCAAUUUCAGAUUGUACUCUUGAGCGGUACCUUAAUGCCAUAUACUCAAUUGUAUAUAAUAACUUGGAACCCUUUAUAUACGAUGGUGUUAUUAAUAUGCUUCAAAUAUUGGUUCGCCGCAAUAAUAUUGAUGAUCAAGAAAUCAUUAUUGUGGGUUUAAUAAAUGAACUUUUGAAACGAUUUAAAAGUGCUUCAAUCGACGAAACAAUGAUCAAUAUUAGUGAAAAGCUUGAAAAUCUGAAAAACGAAUGGAAAAAUAAACUCACUUCUGCUGCAUUAUCUUCUGAUCCACUUGCAAUGAAUGAAGAACAACGUAAAUACUUUUUCAUAGUUUUGGAUAGAGAAAUCGAUCGCAUGAAUGGCAUGUUACAUAAGCCAAAACAUAAUUUAUCAGAAACAGCUAAAACCUUAUCAAAAGUUUUUACAUCUGUGAAAGAAUAUUGGAAAAAAACUGCACGUAAUGUCGAUCUAAAAAGAAGUUAUGAUCCUCCUGGUGAACUUUCGGUUCACGGGCCACGUCACAGUAACGAUUUUACGGAAAUAUCUAAGAUUUCCAUUAUUCCUACUACGGAUGAAAUUCUAUGUAAACGGGAACCUUAUUUGCCCGUUGCAAGUGGAAAUGAUGAUUUACAUCAUCUUCCUAAAGGUGCUGCUCGGUUAUUAGAUAGACAAUUUCGAUUGUUAAGAGAAGAUAUGUUGAACGCUUUUCGAACAAGUAUUAAUAGUUUUUUGACGCUUAUUGGAGAACCAAAUGAGAAUAGAGCAAAGAUUGAAAACUAUAAAAAGAGUGGCGGAAGAUAUAGAUCAAAGUCUGAUGGUGGUGAUUUGAAUGUGUAUUCAAACAUUCACUUUACCGAAGUUAUUGCAAAUAGUCGCAAUGGUUUUUUCUUUCGCGUUGCAUUUACUCCACCAUCCACGAAAAUGCCCACUCGAACUGUAAAAGAACGCAAAGAUUAUUGGCGAAAAACUAAAAAACUUGGGAAUGGAAAUUUAGUUUGUCUUCUUUGGCCAAACGAAGAUGUUAAUAACUACGUGGGGAAUUCAAAUUCAACUAUUGCAUCAAAAUAUUCAAUAUAUUUUGGAAUCAUUGCUGAUAGAGAUGAAUAUUUUUUGACAAAAGAUAGAGAAAAUGCGGAAAUUGGUAUCAAUUUUAUUGAUACUUCAUUACAUCCGAUUGCCAUAAAAGAUAUAUCGUUUAGACAUAAAAAUAAUAGAGAGAUUGGCUAUAGGUUUUUGGUUGAGUCCACAGAUCUUCUUUUUGAAAGUUUUAAAAAUAUAUUGAAGACAUUACAAGAAACUGAUCCUUCAGAUCUUCCCUUCGAAGAAUAUUUUGCUCCGCCAUUUGAAUCCAAAUCAAAUGUACCAACUUCUGUCAACCCUCCUAUAUAUACAUUAGCACCAAAUUUUAGAUUUAAUCUUGCUAUUUUACUUCGUCCAGAAUCAAGAGAUCAAAGCAUUUAUUUAAAUGUUAGUGACUCACAGUCCCAUAAUGACGUUACAAAGACUCUUUUAAAACAUAGUACGUUUGAUGAGACGCAAGCUAAAGCGCUCGUAUCAUCUUUAUGCCGUGAAGUUGCAUUGAUUGAAGGUCCACCGGGAACGGGGAAAUCUUAUGUUGGCGUCGGAAUAAUGCGUGCAUUACUGGCUCCUGAAAAUCAAGAAGCGACAAAAAUUGGACCAAUUCUAACAAUAUGUUAUACUAACCAUGCGUUAGGCAACUUUCUUGAAGGUUCGAGGUCUAAAUCUGAAAUUAUUAGCGAAUUUAAUCUUGAUGAAAUAUGUCGAAAUCGACGAAGUCAAACUAAAUGGUUAAUAAAACAGACCUUUCAGGAUCUUGACGAAAUUAUAGAGGAGGCAUCAACAAUUAACAAACAAUUAACAAAUAGAACCUUAGAUAUUGGUCAGGCGAGUGUGGACCAUUAUUUAGUGGAAAAUUAUCCGACUCACUAUAUUCAUUUAAAAAAUCCUGAUAUUCCAUCUUUCCUAUUGGAUCAUAUUAAUAAUGGUGAUGAAUUUCGAAAGGUCAAGAAAAAGGGAAAAACAAACAGAAGCUCAAUAAUCGAGCAAUGGGUGAAUGGUGAUGAUUUGACGGCAGCACAAAAAUUUAAGGAAUCCCUUAUGAAUCCCUAUAGAGAACAGGAGGAGGAAGGAAAAUGGAAUGAAAAUCCAUUUAUUCUACUUCCUAAUGAUGAUGAUAUGUUUACAGAAGCAGUAAAUUUAAAUGAUUAUAUUGGUUAUACAGAAAUAAUAAAUGAAAAUGAUUAUAUUGGUGAAAUGGAUACAGAUACAGUAAAUGUAAAUGAUUAUAUUGGUGAAAUGAAUACUGAAAAUACAGUAAAAAGCAUUAUUGAUUUUAGUGAUGAUAAUGGUGAUAAUGAUACAGUAAAUAAUGCUAUUAUGGAUCGCGAUUGGAAUGUAUGGGGAAUGUCCAAAGAAGAACGUGUGAGGUUACAUGACUUUUGGAGGGAAAAAAUUAAUUCUGAAACCAUCGAGGAUCUUUCAAAGGAUCUUUCAGAUAUUCAGGAAAGAUACUUAAAUAAGAAGAAAGAUCUUGAAGAUAUAUAUAAUGAAGGGGAAGUGCUUGAAGCACAUGUUCUUGCUAGCUUAACAAAAAGCGCUCAACAUUUAAUUCUGAUAGGGGACCAUAAUCAAUUACGCCCCAAAAUUAGAAAAGAUUAUAGAUUUGAUGUUAGUUUAUUUGAACGUCUAAUACAUGGCGAACAGUCAAUGCGUUUAGAAAGAACACAACUUUUGACUCAAAGACGUAUGAGAAAAGAGAUUGCAGAUUUAAUUAGACAAACGAUUUAUCCAGAUUUAGAGGAUCACCCACUUACGAAGGAUUAUCCUAAAGUCAGAGGGAUACAACAUAAUGUAUACUUUAUGCAUCAUGUUAAUUGUGAGGAUCCAGCGAGAAAUGAAUUCGCUCUUCAAUCACGUUCAAAUAAUUUUGAAGUAGAAAUGGUAGUGGAAAUGCCUGAACAAAUUGCUGUUCUUACACCAUAUUUAGGCCAAAUGAUUAAAAUAAAAGAAGCAUUAAGUGAAUCAUUUGCUGUCGUGAUAGAUGAGCGUGAUGCUGAACAGCUUGCUAAUUGGGAAGAAAAAUUUAAAGAUGACGAUACAGAUGAAAUGUCAAACACUAUAAGUAUAGCAUCAAGAAAAAAGUUAAAUCGACAGGUGAGCUUGCGUACGAUUGAUAAUUUUCAAGGCGAAGAAGCAGAUGUUGUUAUUAUUUCGCUUGUUCGAAAUAUAACAGAACAUAGGCGCAAUACAAUUGGUUUUCUAAAAACUGUAAAUCGUACAAACGUUUUGCUUUCUCGAGCUAAACAUGGAAUGUAUCUUAUGGGAAAUGCUGAACUUAUGGAAAAUGAAUCUGACAUGUGGAAAAAAGUAAUCGACAUCCUUCGCUCACGUAAUCAAGUUGGAACAGGAUUUCCCAUUAUAUGUGAUCAACAUCCUGAAAAUAAAAACAUCAUAACCUAUCCGAGAAAAUUUGAAGAAGUAUCUCCGGAUGGUGGAUGUUUACUUCCAUGUGGUAAAGCUUUAGAUUGUGGGCAUAUUUGUCCACAUAAAUGUCAUCCGGAUGAUCCAAAACCAUGCAACCGAUUGCUUAAGGGAUGUUCUCAUCCAUGUACACGGAAGUGCGGAGAAAAUUGUGGAGAAUGUCUCUUCCCAAUUGGCGAUCUUCUAUUGCCCUGUGGACAUGUUUUAAUAGAUGCAAUUUGCUACCAGAAAAAUAUCCUCGACAAAAUUAAAUGUCGAACUAUGGUGGAUAAAAUGCUACCUAAUUGUGAACAUACAGUUACUGUUGAGUGUUACAAAUCUGUUGAUAAUUUAUCGUGUCAAAGCAUUUGUGGACUGCUUAAUCCGGAAUGCGAUCAUGUGUGUAAAUCCUUAUGUUCUGACUGUCAAAGAAAAUCUAUACACGCCAAUGAUUAUAUCUCUAUACUUGAUAAUAAUGGUCAUAUCGUUAGGACUCAUCACGAAAAAUGCAAACAAAUUUGUGAAAAGAACCUCUUUUGUGGUCACUUGUGCGAAGAAUUUUGUCAUUUGAAUAAAGAUUGUCCGGGUUGUAAAAAAAAGUGUAAUGUUAAUUGUAAGCACUCAGUAUGCGAUAAACCAUGUAGUUAUCCUUGCUCUGUGUGUGCAGAAGAGUGUGAUUGGUAUUGUGAACAUAAAGGAAUUUGUGGGGUAUCUUGUGGUGUUCCUUGUAACAGAUUACCUUGCAAUGAACAAUGUUCAAAGUUAUUAAAAUGUGGUCAUCAAUGUAUGGGGAUAUGUGGUGAAGAAUGUCCCCCACCAAAAUAUUGUAUAAUUUGUGCACCUGAUGAUAUUAAAAAUUCUAUUGUCGAUUUGAUUAUGCAAACAACAUUUUCGGAAGUUGACUGGACUACUGAGAGGAUGAUUGUACUUGAAUGUGGUCAUGUCUUUACUGCCGAAACUUUGGAUAAUUUGAUGGAGAUGAAGAGCGUUUAUCAUAUGGACUUCAUGGAAAAUUGGAUUGAUAUAAAAGAGAUCACGGAUCAACCGGGAGAACUUAAAAGAUGUCCCAAUUGUCGAGCUCCUAUUAAAAAUAUUCAACGUUAUGGGCGAAUAAUUAAAAAAUGUGUUCUCGACGUUCAAAAUAGAAAGUUUUUGCGAGAAUACAAUCGACGUUUGAAAGUUAUUCAAGUAGAAUUAGAAGAGAUUAUUAAAAAUUUGGAAAAGAAUAGAGAAAAAGUUUUAGAAAAAUUGAAAAAAUCAGAUUUACCUGAUUUAAAACAACGAAAUAAUAAUGAUGAUGACUUUUAUGAAAUAGAUAAAAAAAUUAAACGUAUCGUUCCUGAUAUUGUUCCACCGGAGGAAUGUGAGAUACUCACAAAGUACUCAAUACCACCUUAUCAUGAAGAAUUGUGGCGGAAACAUGUAUCACCUCUUCUUUUCAAUUAUCGCCAAGUUUCUCUUAUAAUAUCCAAUUCCACCAAUCCACCCUAUAAACUCGCUUAUGAAGCUGCUGUAGCAAGUUUAUUUGCAGCAAAAUCUAAAGAGAGAUUCUAUAUGGAUGAUCUUAUCAACGAUUUUUCAUUAUUACAAAUUUCUAAUGACUCUCCCGCUGUACUAAAAAAUAAAUUCCAAGAGACUCUAAAGGAGGUGGGAAUUUCGGUACCCAAAGUCGAUAGAAAAAUCUAUUUAGCAGCAUUUUUUGAAUUGAUCAAUAUUCAAAAAGCAAUGUUUCAUGAGGUGUCUAAAAUUAUUCCCGAAUUACCUACUGAGAUGAAACAACACAAUGUUUCCAUUCAUUUGCCAUACAAAGAUUAUUGGAUGGAUUUUGCCAACGUUUUAAUAAAUUCUUUGCGUAAACAUAUUGAACAUAUAAUACAAAUUUCCAAUGAAUCCAAAUACAAUCUUGGAUUGAGCCCUAUACAACAAAGAGAAAUAAAAAAUAAAUGUUCAGACAUCAAAAUGAAUUGUCUAGUUAUUAAAUUGGGAAUAUUGCCUUCGAUGAAUGGCGUUUAUUAUUUCAAAGAACAGUGUAAUGAACGUAUUGAGACAGUGUUGCGUGAAAUUAAGGAAAUUAAAAAUGCUACAGAUAAUGCAGGAAGAUUAUCAUAUGAAGAAAAAUUAAAAAUACACCAGGCAAUGAGACAAGAAUUCUUGGGUUCAGGUCAUUGGUAUCAAUGCCCUAAUGGGCAUCCUUAUACAAUAGGGGAUUGUGGUGGAGCAGAUCAAAUAAGCAGGUGCCCUGAAUGUGGAGCUUUUAUAGGUGGCAGUAAUCACCAGACUCUUUCUGGAAAUGAACUUAACGUGGAAUUUGAGAGAAUGGGAUAA